CACAACAACCCAGUGGGGCGUUUUACAGCCAGAAACACAAGCAACAUGGACCUCGUUCUUCUCUGCAUGUUCCUGCCACUGCUCACAGUGGCAUGGGGCCAAUAUGAGGACUACAACGACCCCUACGGCGAGUACGGGGGUGACGAUGGCUGGGUCAAUGUGUAUCGGCAGGGUUUCAACUUCCAGUGUCCUCAUGGGCAAGUGAUCGUGGCAGUGAGGAGCAUGUUCAGCAAAACAGAAGGCUCGGACAGACGGUGGAACUAUGCCUGCAUGCCCACCCCGCAUACCCUGGGAGAACCAACAGAGUGUUGGUGGGAAGAGAUCAACAGAGCUGGACUAGAAUGGUACCAAACAUGUUCAAAUAAUGGAUUGGUGGCAGGAUUCCAGAGUCAGUAUUUUCCAUCUGUUCUCGAUCGAGAGUGGCAAUUUUAUUGCUGCCGUUACAGCCGGAGAUGCCCGUAUUCAUGCUGGUUGACAACAGAAUAUCCAGGACACUAUGGGGAAGAUAUGGACAUGAUGAUGUAUUCCUAUGAUCAUUAUAUCCGUGGAGCAACCACAACUUUCUCUGGUGUGGAAAGAGAUCGUCAGUGGAAGUUUAUUGUCUGCAGGAUGACAGAUUUUGACUGUCGAUUUGACAAUUUUUAGUGGCAUUGAAUACACACACACACACUCACACUCACACUCACACACCACUCUGGGGGUUGGGGUAGGGUAGGGUAGGGUGGGGUGGGGAGAUGGCAGAUGGUGAAAAGAAAUAUAUAGGAAUAGCAAUCUAUCAACCAUGCACCUGCCUUUUUGCAGAGGUGUGACUCUUCUUCUGUGAAAAGGCCUGGUAAGUACAACACUGAGUUCAAUGUUACAUUCUACAGGCCCACCCAUAAUGCUCUUAAUUAGGAAUUAGAUGUUGUUGCUUCAGUUCACAUGGACUCUGCAGAGCAUGUGUGCAGAGUACUUCAGCUUCUGCUGCUUCCUGGCCCAUCCGAAUACCUGGAGGAUGCAACUCCAAGACCAACAUUAGCAGCGUAACGUGCAUGACCAGCUUCCUACAGCCAUGGUGGAGAAGUUCCUGCGCUUUCUGGGAUCACUUCCCAGAUUCCUGCCUGUACCUGACCUGGCAUUCUGCGUAUGCUCUUAGACAAAACUGUGGACCACUCCUUUGCAUUUUUUUAAAUUUGUGACUACACUGUUUAGAUGCUUUCUGAUAUAAACCUAGCAGAAGUGAUUUCCUUUGCUGUCCAGCUCAUCGGUAUACCAGCUUGAUUUUGCAUAGCAUUCUUGUAUUCACUGCACCCCACUGUCAGUGUACAAAAAAGUGCCCUAAUUUGUGCUUUGCUGAUAUUUCAGAGCUACUGAUGCGCACACAAACAAUGCUGCUGUGCGCCCCCUUCAUAAGACAACCUAUGCCAAUAUUAUAUCACAUUCAUAUUGUAUAGCAGGGGCAGCUGGGAUGAGUCAGAUUGGCUAUCAACAGCAUUGCCUGCUAUACACUCACUUUUUCUAUUCUUUCUAUAUCUAAAAUCAAAGUGAGAUUGAUGCAGUAAACUCUGAUGACCUUAAUGUCUUCAUUUCGCAAUGAAAUCAAAUUAUGUGUUCUUUUUUGUAAAUAUUAGGCAUCUAUGUUUCCUCCGUCAUCUCUUGUAAUCAGAGACACAUAAUGAAUGAAAGAAGACCAGUCCUCUACCUUCUAGGUAAAAAAGAGAUUUGUAGUUGUAUGGCUGAACCUGGGUGCCUAAGACUGAUGACAUACUGGUGACCUUUGCCAUGGAGGUCAAUGGUGGGAUAUAAUUUUACUGAGCAAUAUUUAAGGCUUGACCAUGAACCUGAAGCCAGUGACAUUUUUUUCUAUCACAGGAGAGGAUUAAAGCAAAAAUCUUGGAAAUGAACUGUGCAAUUUACUCCAAAAGCCCGUAUUAGGACGUGUUUAUUAUGUUCAGUAUUGUUAGUGCACUAAGAAUUGUUAUCAUAAUUAAAUCAAGAAAUAAAAUA